AUGUCGGAGGGCUUAAAAACGCUCCUCGAAGCUGCUCAAUACAUUGAGCAGCAGGAGAAAUUGAAAUUAUCGCCACAAGCAGCAACAGCAAUACCGGCAAUACUCAGUGAUCAUCACCCGCAGCAGCAGCAGCAGCGUUUUAUUGUGCAUGCCGCCUUUGAAACGACAGGUUCGGCGGCGAUACCCAAUGGCCACCAUAUUAUUGGUAACAACAACAACAGUAUAAAUAUACGAAAUUCUAAUAUACGGCAUGGUGUUGGCAAUUUGCAAGUGUCAUCAUCGGCACCAGCUGCUGCUGCCACUUUCCAGCAUGUCAGCAAUGGUCAUCACAACAACAACUCGUCGUCGUCGUCGUCCUCCGCCUCUACUACCCACCAACAACAACAACAUCACCACCACCAUCCACAUGUUACCGCAACGGUAUUAAGCAAUGGUACAAAUAGUGCAACAAGCAGCAACAACAACAACGGUCAUCAUCCCCACCUUCACAACAACAACAACAACAGUAGUCAAUUAAUUCACGCCAAUAACCAUCACGAUUACGAAUUUAAUGGCAAUGGCACUGUGACAGUAGUGGCAACAUCCGCACUAUCACCAGUAACAACGGGGCCAAUGAAUGGUGGUGGUUCCCCACCACCGUCAUUAUCGGCUGCUGUAGCAGCAGCAUCGCUAAAUGGCAGGUCCAGUGAUGGUCGUAUGUCGGCCUUUGUUUGGACGUUGUCACGUCGCAGUGUAAAUGAGGAGAGUGGCAAGCAGCAUAUGCGCGUUCAUGUUUUUUUGCACAAUAAUUCGUACAUGGACAUGUUGGCGAAUUACUUAUUGAAAGGAUAA